CCAAUUUGUUAAAUAUAACAAAAUUAAACUAAUUUGUUCAACACCAAAACAGAUAUUGAGAUGGAGGGAAUCUGAGUUAACCGUCAUUAUGUUUAGUUAAUUGCACGGGGGCUCCUAAUUAGUCAACAAGUCAAACAAACCUCAUUUCCCCGCCCAACUGAAUAUUUCUCAUUCCCCAAACUACCCCUACAAAAACCACGAAAUACCCAAAGGCAAAAUACGCGUGUGUAUAAAAUGAUCUUCUUCCUCACUGGCCAUUACUAUACUCUCUGAAAUCACUUUGAAAAUCUCGAUCACUGUUUUUCGGCAUGAGUUUCGCUGCAAUUCGAAAACGUGCAGUUGGUGCAGCGAGGAAUUACUUUGUCAGACAAUUGGACGCCGAAUCUCUGCUGAACUUGGACGAUGUAGCUCCGUACGUCCGCCAUCACCUGAAUCGGAUGUACUUUACACUGUUUUUCGCUUCGGGAAGUUCGGCCAUCGGGUCCCACUUAUCUUCCUCCAUCGGAAGCUCUUGGUCAGCAUUUGGAGCCUUUAUCUGCAUUGCUUUGUUUUCUUCCACAAAGCCAUGGAAAGAGUAUACAAGGGCCUUUAUCUUCAUUUUGGGUUCAUUCUUCGGAGGGGCUUUACUUGCUCCUUGGUUCAUCUGGCUCGUCCAAUUUAAUACAGAUUUUGUAGUGACUUCGACUUUGGCUAUUGGAAUCGGCUUUUUCUCUUUCUGGACAGCAAACAAUUGGGUAGAUCGCUUUGAAUGCGUCUAUUUUGCAGCCAUGGCUAUCUACGUUCCAUUGGCCCUCACAUGCUUGCUUUUCGAUCCAGCUUACGGUGGCCUCACAGAUAUCUGGUCGUAUCCGAUAUAUGCAGUGCUUAUGUGGAAUAUGGUGUAUGUGAUGGCAUAUAGCCAGGAAGUGAAGGUGAAAGUUCGUAAGGGAGAUUUCGAUUAUGUGAGGCAUGCUGUUAACUUGUACACCGACUUGCCUCCUGUUUACAUUACUGUUGCAAUGGAGUUGGCUAGCGAUUUCGUGAAUAAUAUUUGAACUUUCCGGCACAUCCCCCUAUGAGGCUUUGGCAAAAUAUGGUUGAAUAUAUAAUAUAGGCAAGAAAAAAAAUAAUUGCAGAGUGCAGUAGUAUCAUGAAACUGUAAAUUUGCUGUCAGCCGCUGAUGUACAUUCUUCUUACACUAAUGCACACAAACAUAUACCAACUAUCAAGUAUGUGUGUAUUGAAUUGAAUGGUUUCAUAUUUUAGUGCUAUAUACAUUAGCUUUUAUGAUGG